AUGAUGAUGAUGCAAACGACGACGAAAACGACAGUGGAAGCGAGACGGUCGUUUUUUAGCAAAACGCCCGCAGAAGAGACAAAAAAAUCAAACGCGCAAAAUCACGAGCACUCUUUCGGCGGCGACGUGGAGACGCAUCAUCGCGACGACGAUGCGUCGUACGACGACGACGACGAGCACAACAGAUGGGAAACGAACGAAGAUUUCGACGAAGACUACCACGAUUACGACCGGUACCACGAUUUUAACGUCACCAAACGAUUGGAAGAAAUCUUCCCUGUGAUCGAUUUGGACCAAAACGGAAUCGUCUCGCGAGAAGAGCUCAGAAUUUGGCACUACGCGCAGGCGAGGAACCACUCGGAAAACCGAGCGGAACACGAAUUCGACGUCACGGAUAACGACCACGACGGGUUCGUGACUUUGAAAGAAUAUUUGGAGGAUGAUUUCGACGUCGACGUGACCGGGAACGGGACCGAGAAGGAAAUGGAGGAGUACAACGUUCGAUGGAUACGCAACGCGAGGAAAGUGUUCGAGUUGACGGAUACCGAUAAAGAUGGGAAGUUGAACAGGACGGAAUUUUUUUACUUCAUACAUCCGGAGGAAGGGAAAAGAGGGUCGGAGAUUGGGAAGCAUCUGGUCGCGGAGACGAUUCGGGAUCACGACACGAAUAUGGACGAGAAGUUGAAUUUCACGGAAUUCUACGAAAGUUUGUUUCACCAAGUGGACGAAGUCGAAGAGGAACCUGUUGGGAGCGAUGAUAAAACGAAUAGCAACGAAGAGGGUAGCAACAACAACGACGCGUACGAUGAAAGCGUUAUGCGCGUGCGAGCCUUAGCGCUGUUUGCUCGAUUAGAUAAAGAUAAAGACGGGUUAGUCACCUCGCACGAGUUACACGCGGACGAGGCGAGUUACAAAAAAUUACAUCCGACCAACGACGAUCACGCGAGAGACCAAAGCGGGAGCUUAGUCGACGACGCGGACGAGAAUAAAGACGGCGGUCUGAGUUUGGUGGAAAUUUUAAAGAAUAAGAUGAUGUUUUACUCCACGGCGAUGACGAGCGAGGACGAUUAUCACGAUUAUCACGACGAGUUUUAA